CAUGUUAAAUAUUAACAUACACGGUGUAAACAAAGGAAAAAUAGAAAAGGAAAUAACAAUUGGGACUUUGCAGUGAUGUUAUGAAACUAAAAAAUGGAAAUUGAAUAUUUACAUAGUUGGGUGUGAGAUAGAAUUUAGAGAAAAUGGAUGGUUUCUGAAAACAAAACUUGAUAAAGUACCAAUAAUUAUCUUAUAUACUAAGCUGCUAAGUAACUAUAAUUAUUCAUCACUUCUCUGGUAACUUAACAAAAUGGCAACAAACCGUUACAAUGGCAGCUGCAUCAGGAAGCUGUGAAUUCUCUGCUGUUGGAUGUGAGGAGGAUGCCAAUGAUACAGAAAUACACAAAGAAGAGUCCACGGUGCAUCAUUUUAAGUUGCUACAUCAGGCACAAAAAGAGCUACAUAAAAUAUGUGAACUGAUCACUCCUGAACAAAUGAAAUCUAUGACUGAAUCAAUGACACACUUUUCGCAGCUAUUAUUAACCAUGGAAAUUCAUGUAGGGACUGGACACAGAAAUAGUAAUGAAUCUCAACAUGCAUUGAAAUCAAUGUUGGAUAUUUCAGAUCUGACUGAUUAUAAGAUAUCAAUCUUCAUGAAUGUACUGGAUGUCCUGCAACAAGAAUCAACAUGGGUGAAGCAAAGACUGGCAAACCUAGAAACAGGUAUUCAGAGACAUUUUUUCCAGGUUUUGAAAAACCUAUUUGUGCAGCAUCAGAGAACAGAUAAGUUUAUCACCCAACAGCAAGUGGCAAUUGCAAAUCUGGACAUUGCUAUUGAUGAAUCUCAAAUUACAGUGUAUGAUGGGAAAAUGAUUCUCCCCAUUGAUAACUUUCAGGAGAGAUUUAAAAAGGCUAAGAUACGUGACCCUGCAAGUGUAACAUCCCCAGCCUUUUAUACAAGAAGAGGGGGAUACAAGCUAAAAGUCAGAGUUUACCUACAUGGAGAUGGUAUGGGACUUGGGACUCAUGUUAGCAUCUUCAUAAUGAUGUGCAAAGGUAAAUUUGAUGCCCUUCUCCCAUGGCCCUUCAACCAGAAGAUCACCCUUGGCAUCCUGAACCAACUCGACCGAAGUGAGGAUUAUAUGGAUACUUUCAAGCCAAACAAAGCUCUAAACACAUGGGGGAAGCCAGUAAGUGACACAAAUGUGCCAACUGGAAUACCAAAGUUCCUAGACUUGGGGAGAGUCCUAGAUCCCAGCCAAGGGUUUGUAAAUGAGGACACUCUCUUUGUGAAAGUAUCCAUAGAGCAAGAACCUAGAACACCACUGUCAGCUUUCCUGGGAUAUAAGGAGAUAGAGGAGCAGUAACAGAUUUGUUGAAACAAUGUUACAUACCUAUCAAUGUCUUAUGAUUAUCAUAAAACCAUUCUUUCUUUUUCAUAUACUUAAAACCCUUAAUAACUUCAACAUAUUUAACAGUUUAUAGUUUCAUUUCAUUCCAUCUAUUAUUUUGAAAUGAAAAAACAAAAAAUUUCAAAAAGACAUGGAAAGCCACUUGAAAAAUAGAGCCUUCCAUCCAUUCGCCGUUCACUCCGUCUGUCAGUUCAUCCAUCCAGAAAAUACACAUACCAUGAUAUUUGAUGGAAAGAUGAAUAUUGGUAAAUAGUUUUAAACUAAAAGAUUUUUUAAGAUGGACAUCACUUUGAAAGUAACAAGAAAGUAAUGAGUAUGACUGUUGUAUAAACUUUGGAACUGUAUUCAUAAAAUAUAUUCACACAGAUUAAUGAAUAAUUUGUUCAUUGGGAUUUGCUAUUCUUUGAUGUUGUUUUCUAGUUUACAUAUGUAAAGUGUAUAUGAAUGCAUGUAUAAAUUAUGCUUUACUUCAUAAUACAAGUAGACUUGGUAAAAAAUAAAAAGUAUAUACAUGCAAUGCAUGCAUGUGGAAUGCAGUCUUCAUGAGGUCACUGUAAUAUAUAUGUUUUGUUGAUUUGAAUGUUUUAAAGACACAGAUGUAAAUAUUUGUUUAGUGAAGUCUCAUUCAUUGUCAAUAACACUUAAAAAACAUUCAAUCAAACCCC